GAGAGAGAACACAACACACUUCCUCAUCUGCUGCAUUCAUCUUCAAUAUACAGCAACAGAAACACAAAAUGGAAUUCGGAUCUCUGAUGCGAGAUAUGUUUUUAGGACUCCUGUGUUUCGCAGUCACAGGAGCUGCUUCUGCUGUCUGUGAUGUGAAUAUUGACCACUCCGGAGUUGUGGUGAGAUUUGGAGACCCAGUGACUGUCAACUGCUCCACAACACGUGAAGAUGUAUUGGGGGCUGGCUGGGAGUCUUCUGUUUCCCCUGUGAAUGAACCGGAUAGUACAACAGCUUUUUGGAAUGCCAGCAGCCUCACUGUUCGGGAUGCAAAGCCAAAAUGCUUAAUGAACUUCAAUAAUGAAACCGAGCUUCCAGAAUGCAUAUUCCUCUUCGCUCCGGAGUUUAUGAAGAUCGAUAACGGAUCUAAUAUAAAGUGCCUGGUCCUUGGUGAGGCUUCUGCUCAGUCUCUUGCAGUGCAGUUCUAUAAAGGAGAUGACCAGAUUGCUGGCAGUGAUAAUGUAACUCAUAACGGCACGCAGUUUCCUGUAAAUGCUACUAUCACUUUUACAAAAAACCAUGGAGUGAAUUACACUUGCACGACAGAGCUCGAUUUUGGACCAGAAGCACCAAUACAAAACACCUCUCCCCCGUACGCAACGUCUACGAUUGCGGCUGCUUCUCCUGUCUGUGAUGUGAAUAUUGAUCCCUCUAGAGUCGUGGUGAGGUUUGGAGACCCAGUGACUGUCGACUGCUCCACAACACGUGAAGAUGUAUUGGGGGCUGGCUGGGAGUCUUCUGUUAACCCUGUGAAUGAAACGAAUAGUAAAAUAGCAGUUUGGAAUGUCAGCAGCCUCACUGCUUGGGAUGCAGAGCCAAAAUGCUUUAUAAACUGCAUGAAUGAACCCCGUCAGUGUGUAGAAAAACUGGAUUUGGUUAUUUACAAGUAUCCAGAAAGCGUCUCCCUCAUCGCUCCUGGCUUUAUGAAGAUCGGUGUAGAAUCUAAUAUAACGUGCCAGGUCCUAGAUGUGGCUCCUAUCAGAUAUCUCAGUGUGAAGCUGUAUAAGGGAGAUGAACAGCUUGGGAAUAGAAGCUUUACUCAUAACUCAACACGGUUUCCUGUGAAUGAAAGCAUCCCCUUCCCAGUAACACCAACCAGAGCAGACAAUGGAUCGGAGUACACUUGUGUGGCAGAGCUUCAAUUGGGACCAGGAGAACCAAUAAAAAAUGCAUCUCUCCCGUUCAGAAUGCUUCCAAUUGCAGCUGCUUCUCCUGUCUGUGAUGUGAAUAUUGACCCCUCUCGAGUCGUGGUGAGAUUUGGAGACCCGGUGACUGUCAGCUGCUCCACAACACGUGAAGAUGUAUUGGGGGCUGGCUGGGAGUCUUCUGUUAACCCUGUGAAUGAAAUGAAUAGUAAAAUAGCAGUUUGGAAUGUCAGCAGCCUCACUGUUUGGGAUGCAGAGCCAAAAUGUUUUAUAAACUACAAUAAUGAACCCCGUCAGUGUGUAAAAAAACUGGAUUUGGUUAUUUACAAGUAUCCAGAAAGCGUCUCCCUCAUUGCUCCUGAGUUUAUGAAGAUCGGUGAAGAAUCUAAUAUAACGUGCCAGGUCCUAGAUGUGGCUCCUAUCAGAUAUCUCAGUGUGAAGCUGUAUAAGGGAGAUGAACAGCUUGUGAAUAGAAGCUUUACUCAUAACUCAACACGGUUUCCUGUGAAUGAAAGCAUCCCCUUCCCAGUAACACCAACCAGAGCAGACAAUGGAGCGGAGUACACUUGUGUGGCAGAGCUUCAAUUGGGACCAGGAAAACCAAUAAAAAAUGCAUCUCUCCCAUUCAGAAUGCUUCCAAUUGAUUUUGAAGAACAACCAAUCCUUAAUGUAUCAGAAAAUGUAGAAGUCAACCAGCCAUCUACAGUGAGAUGCGAACUUAAAAAUGCCUUCCCACCUGAAGAAGUCCAAGUAGAGCUGCUGAUAAAUAAUGAAAUUCACACAAUCCGCUCCAACAUGGAUAACGUGUAUGUUGAAGAAAGUUUUACUCUGGAUUCUGUUGAACCUGCAGUGAUUACAUGUAAUGUGUCCCUCAGAUCUUUGUCAAAAAGUGCAAGUAGAAAUGUUCAAGGCUACGUGCUACCAGAGCCCACCCUUCACACUGAGGCUGUACUGGUAAAUCAAACAGGGAUUGUUACAUGCAGUGUGGAUGGCUCAUUCCCAGCAAAUGCAACCCAAAGGCUGCUCCUCAACGGUUUAAUUGUCAAUGAAACUCACAAUAGUACACCCGCUCAGUACGAGUUUAAAGCAGAGAAAGAACUCAACGGCAAAAUGAUUACUUGUGAGACUGAGCUGAAGUUAGCUGCUACAUCUGUUAAGAAAAAUCAAAGUAUCACCUUCAGUGUUUUGUAUGAGCCCAGUGUAAUAAACCCUGCAGAAGAAAGUGUGCCUGUUCUGAAAGGGGACAGCGUAGUUUUUAACUGCACUGCUGAUGGUAUCCCAGCCCCUACAUACACGUGGAAACACCCUGAAGCUGAUAAUGUGAAUAUCACAACGAAGGACAGUGUGUCUACUGUGACUAUCACAGGAGCCUCAUCUAGCAAUCAUGGUGUUUAUGAAUGUCAUGCUUGGAACAUACAUGGGAAUUCCACAAGGAAAGUUACAGUUGAAGUUACAGGAAGGCAGCGACAGAGCAACACUCGCUCGUACAGCUGCUGCAUUGUAAAGCACUCGCCGAACAGCUACACACAUAGCUAUAUACACACCGUAUGUAUUUACGUAGACUGUAUAGCUAUAAGCAAACUCAAAAUGGAAUUUGGAUCUUUGAUUGUCUUAGGAGUUCUGGUUCUCUGUCCAGAAGGUGCCUCUUCUGCUGUCUGUGAUGUGAAUAUUGACCCCUCUAUAGUCGUGGUGAGAUUUGGAGACCCAGUGACUGUCAACUGCUCCACAACACGUGAAGAUGUAUUGGGGGCUGGCUGGGAGUCUUCUGUUAACCCUGUGAAUGAAAUGAAUAGUAAAAUAGCAGUUUGGAAAGUCAGCAGCCUCACUGUUUGGGAUGCAGAGCCAAAAUGCUUUAUAAACUACAUGAAUGAACCCCGUCAGUGUGCAGAAAAACUGGAUUUGGUUGUUUACAAGUAUCCAGAAAGCGUCUCCCUCAUCGCUCCUGAGUUUAUGAAGAUCGGUGAAGAAUCUAAAAUAACGUGCCAGGUCCUAGAUGUGGCUCCUAUCAGAUAUCUCAGUGUGAAGCUGUAUAAAGGAGAUGAACAGCUUGGGAAUAGAAGCUUUAAUCAUGACUCAACACGGUUUCCUGUGAAUGAAAGCAUCCCCUUCCCAGUAACACCAACCAGAGCAGACAAUGGAGCGGAGUACACUUGUGUGGCAGAGCUUCAAUUGGGACCAGGAGGACCGAAACUAAAUCCAGCAAAACUCUCUCCUCCCUUGAAAAUACCAAUAGUUUACAAGCCCCGUCUAUUGAGCGCUGCUGAAGAAAAUGUUGAAGUUCGUGAAGGGGGCAGUAUAGUUUUAAAAUGCUCCGCUGAUGGGAGCCCAGCCCCCACGUAUGAGUGGAAAUACUCCAAAGCUGAUAAUGUACAGGAGAUAACGAAGGAUGGAGUGUCUACUGUAAACAUCACAAGAGCCUCGUCUAGCAAUGCCAGGGUUUAUGAAUGCCAUGCUAAAAACAGAUAUGGGGUCGCAAGGAAGAACAUCACCCUUACAGUCAAAGGAGCUGCUUCUGCUGUCUGUGAUGUGAAUAUUGACCCCUCUAGAGUCGUGGUGAGAUUUGGAGACCCAGUGACUGUCAACUGCUCCACAACACGUGAAGAUGUAUUAGAGGCUGGCUGGGAGUCUUCUGUUUCCCCUGUGAAUGAACCAGAUAGUAAAAUAGCAGUUUGGAAAGUCAGCAGCCUCACUGUUUGGGAUGCAGAGCCAAAAUGCUUUAUAAACUACAUGAAUGAACCCCGUCAGUGUGUAAAAAAACUGGAUUUGGUUAUUUACAAGCUUCCAGAAAGCGUCUCCCUCAUCGCUCCUGAGUUUAUGAAGAUCGGUGAAGAAUCUAAUAUAACGUGCCAGGUCCUAGAUGUGGCUCCUAUCAGAUAUCUCAGUGUGAAGCUGUAUAAGGGAGAUGAACAGCUUGUGAAUAGAAGCUUUACUCAUAACUCAACACAGUUUCCUGUAAAUGAGAGAGUCCCCUUCCCACUAGUAACACCAACCAGAGCCGACAAUGGAGCGGAGUACACUUGUGUGGCAGAGCUUCAAUUGGGACCCGGAGGACCGAAACCAAAUCCAGAAAAACGCUCUCCUCCCUUGAAAAUACCAGUAUUUUACAAGCCCAGUCUGUUGAGCGCUGCUGAAGAAAAUGUUGAAGUUCAUGAAGGGGGCAGUAUAGUUUUAAACUGCUCUGCUGAUGGGAACCCAGCCCCCACGUAUGAGUGGAUAUACCCCAAAGCUGAUAAUGUACAGGAGAUAACGAAGGAUGGAGUGUCUACUGUAAAUAUCACAAGAGCCUCGUCGAGCAAUUCUGGUUUUUAUACCUGCCAUGCUAAAAACAGAUAUGGGGACAAGAUGAUGAACAUCACUGUUGCAGUUAAAGAUCAAGUUAUAAUUACAGGAGGUCGAGGUCGAUUUGUCUUUUGGGUUGUUGUUGGAGUGGGGGUGUUGGUGGUCACAGGCAUCGUGGUCGGAUUCAUAUGUUACAGAAAAAGAGUGACUUGAGCCAUUGGACUUGGCCAGGAUGGAAAAGAAGACACGCCAAAACAUAUUUAAUAAGAAGAAGAAAAAGAAAAAGUUAAUUAAUUUAUGCUUAUAAACACAUUGUUUUAUGUGAAAUAAAAAAAUGUUCUAGAA